GAAUUAUUAGACAUGGAGAUACAAGUUCUGUUCUUAAUUAUUAUCUUCGUAAAUAUAAGCUGUGUGGUUACAGAACUUAGUUUGAGAUUUGUAAUAAUAACGGAAAAUUAUGAAACGGACCUGCCUCAGCAAAUUGGGAGUGCAAUAAAGCAAGCAGAGGAAAAAAAACCAGGCCUGACCAUAACUGAUGAAAUCAUACAGCUAGAUAGAGAAAAUGAAGACGAUAGCUUUAGACGAUUAUGCUCAUCCCUAUCUAAAGGAGUAUCCAUCAUUAUGGAUCUGUCCUGGUCACCUUGGGAGAUGGCUGAAGAGGUGUCAUCUUCAGCUGGUGUACCAAUGGUUCGAUCGUUACUAGGGUCGCAGCAAUUUAUAGGAGCCCUGGAUAGCUACUUAGAAUCGAGGAAUGCUACAGACGCCGCUAUAAUACUGGAGAGCGAGAUUGAUGUUGAUAGAACGCUGUACGAGCUUAUGGGUAGGUCACACGUCCGUGUGUGGGUGCACGCUGGCUUAACAAGAGAUUCUGCGAAAGCACUUAAAAAUAUGAGACCUGAACCGAGCUUCUACAUUAUCAUGGGAACCAGCGCUUUUGUCACCGCGACGUAUAACAGGGCUGUUAAGGAAAAACUUGUCAAGAGAAGUUACCGCUGGAAUUUGGUAAUAACGGAUUACGGCAGUGUUGACACAGAUAUGUUGGUGCUCCCGACUUUUAUCCUGCAGUCCGAUAUUGGGGAAUGCUGCAAAUUACUAGGUCUGAGUGAAAGAUGCAGUUGUGCUAUGAGUAUGCCGAAAAAGCAAUAUAUUCUCAAUAACUUGAUUUAUUACGUAGCGGAAACAUUACUAAGAUUAGACAACGAUAAAUUCGUUAGCAUCAACUGCGAGAGUCCGAAUGGUGAAAUGAACGUAACCAAAGAGAAAUUCAAUCAAAUAUUGGAAGAAGACUCGACUAACAAUGAUACUUUGUUUUUUUGGGAUUCUGAAAGAAAUGGUUUUUUCCUACGGUCUCGUUUCAUCUUAUCCACGUUUAAACCAGAACAUGGUCUCCAGAGAGUAGCAGUCUGGUCUGCUAGUGAGGAGUACAAGUUAUUACCGCGGGUGAUCUUAGAUCCUUUGAGGAAUUUCUUCAGGAUCGGAACAUCUGCGGCAGUACCGUGGACGUUACCGAAAUAUGACCUGGAGACCGGCGAACAGAUAUUCACUGAUAAUGGCGAGCCUCUGUACGAAGGCUACUGUAUAGACCUAAUUGACAAAAUUGCUGAUGAAAUGGGCUUCGACUACGAGAUAGUAACCCCGAAAUCUGGAACGUUCGGUAAAAGAUUACCAAAUGGCUCUUGGGAUGGAAUCGUUGGAGAUUUGAUGACUGGAGAAACAGAUAUAGCAGUAGCCGCAUUAACGAUGACAGCUGAAAGAGAAGAAGUUAUAGACUUCGUGGCGCCCUACUUCGAACAGACUGGCAUUCUUAUUGUAAUCCGUAAGCCGAUCCGCAAAACAUCUCUUUUCAAAUUUAUGACGGUACUUCGUACGGAGGUGUGGCUCAGCAUCGUGGCGGCGCUUCUGCUGACAGGGUUCAUGAUCUGGUUGCUAGAGAAGUACUCGCCCUACUCCGCGAGGAACAACCCCGAUGCGUACCCUUAUCCGUGCAGAGAGUUUACCUUAAAAGAGAGUUUUUGGUUCGCCUUAACGUCGUUCACCCCUCAAGGCGGAGGUGAAGCGCCUAAAGCGCUUUCAGGGAGAACCUUAGUCGCUGCCUACUGGUUGUUCGUAGUGCUCAUGUUAGCGACGUUUACCGCUAACUUAGCUGCUUUUCUCACAGUUGAAAGGAUGCAGACGCCCGUAUCCUCACUGGAACAAUUGGCGAGGCAGUCUCGUAUCAACUACACCGUAGUCGAGAGUUCGUCGAUACAUCAGUACUUCAUCAACAUGAAGUUCGCGGAAGACACGCUUUACAGGGUCUGGAAGGAGAUCACUCUCAACGCGACGUCAGACCAGGCGCAGUAUCGGGUCUGGGAUUACCCGAUCAGGGAGCAAUACGGCCACAUCCUGUUAGCUAUCAAUGCCUCUGGACCAGUUCCAGACGCGAAGACUGGUUUUGAGCAAGUAAAUGAACACGCGGAAGCAGAUUUCGCUUUCAUACAUGAUUCAGCUGAAAUAAAAUACGAAAUAACACGCAACUGUAACCUAACAGAAGUAGGCGAGGUAUUUGCAGAACAACCCUAUGCUAUUGCUGUACAGCAAGGUUCGAGGCUGCAGGAGGACCUUUCACGGACUCUCCUGGAUCUGCAGAAGGAGCGUUUUUUGGAACAGCUGGCUUCGAAGUACUGGAACGAAUCAGCGCGGCAAGCUUGUCCGGAUGCGGACGAAUCGGAAGGCAUUACUUUAGAGAGUUUGGGAGGAGUUUUUAUAGCAACAUUAUUCGGUUUAGGACUAGCGAUGAUAACGCUGGCCUGGGAAGUUUUCUACUACAAGAGAAAACAAAGGAAUAAAGUACAGAAUGUAGACGCGACCGUUGAGAAAAGAGAAGCGUUUGUCGAACCCAAGAAGAGGACUAAGAAGGUGGCGGAAAGUCUCACUAAAUUGCGAAGAAGGAAUAAGAAGAAUAACAUUGUUAAGAAUGUUACAAUUGGCGAACAUUUCAAGCCGGCCGAUAAAGGCAUAUCAUAUAUUAGCGUUUAUCCUAGAAGCACAUACAGGCCGUAAAUAAGUUUAUUUUUUUUGGCUAAAAGUUUAUCGAUGCUUAUUUUUUCCCUUAAAUAUCAAAGUAUGUAAGUUUAUGCUUGCACCUAAGUUUUUAAUUAGCAUUUAACACAGUAUGUAUGUAUUUAGAGAUAGAUGUAUCAUGUGAAUAUUGUUUAUUAGAAGUAAUAAAUAGAUUUUAAUAA